UGGCAGUAAGGUGGGGGGAUUGUGUUGGAUGUUUCAAACGAAGUCGUGUGACGGUGUGAGUCUGUGAGGCACGUGAAGGCGUUACAACGCUAUAAUGAAAUAUCUUCAUGUUGUGAACACAUCACUACGCUGAUGCUACAACCUGACAUCGUUAUUUAAAUCUUGCAAUGGCAGAGGAGAACGUGGUAAUACCUCCACAAGAAGUAGCUACUUCGACGUACACUUCGUUGUUGCAACAGACGUACGAUGAGGCACUUACUAGAAAUGAACUAAAUACAAAUUACUGGAAUAAAGUUAAAGAGGAAUACAAGACACUGCAGUCUCACCUGGAGGUGCUUCCAAAUGAUAUCUCAAAAGAUGUCAUGGUGCCAGUUGGCACAAAAGCCCUUAUGAAAGGAAAAAUGGUCCAUACCAAUGAAAUUCUUGUCUGUCUUGGUGAUGGAUGGUUUGUUAAACAAAGUGCGAAACAAGCUGCAGAAAUAUGUCAGAGAAGGAUGAAUAUGUGUGAUGAAAUGCUGGCAAAGUUAGAUGAUGAAAGAACUUUGCUCACAUCCAGAAAAGAACUUCCAUUUGCGGAGGAAGCCUUUGGAAAUAAAGAAGGAAAAGAAAUCUUAGAACCUUUUGAUGAAGAAAAGGAAGCUGAAUGGAGAGUUCAGCACCGCCAAAAGGAGCGAGAAUAUCGCAAGAAACUGGCUGAGCUGCGCAGAAAAGAAAAGACUGAAGUAAAGAGUGAAGAAGAUUUGUGGAAAAGGCUGGAUGACCUAGAACUACAAGAGGAAUUAGAAGAAGAACUAGACAGGUUACAUGCAGAUGAUUCUGAAGAAGAAGAUUAUGAAUACGAAGAAAGUGAUGAGGAGUUCGAAGACAAUACAGUGACUGCUGAUAUUUCCAAUGGAUUGCUGACUGAAGGAAAUUCUCAUGAUAACGCCAACCCACAAAAGGAGCGGCUGGUUGAUUAUAAAGAGCAGAAAGACACCGACAAUAAAACCACAGUUAGUGACACUCCCUGUGAAUCACUAUUGAAAGAAGAUUCCAGCCAUGAAAAUUCCAAGUCUACUGCAAGGAGAGUUUCUUUCAAGAGUGACCUUAUUUUAGAACAUCACAAUUUCUCUGACAGUGAGGCUGAGGAGCCACUUCACAUUGAAUUCAAACACAGUCCCAUUGAACCAGUGAAAUCUCAGAAGCAAAAUGAAGAAAUUGUAGUAGAGAAUCCUGCAGACAUAUAUGAUCAGUAUGUCAAAAGCUGUAAGCAAUCAUCUGGCCCAAAAUCCAUAUUAAAACGAACAAAUUCAAAUUCAGAUAUCAGUAAUAAAGUGGCUUUUCACAAUGAAUCUGAUAAGUUAGAUAUUCUGAAUGUUAACUUUAAUGGACCCAAACAAAGCGCAAGGGAGCUGCCAGUAGCGGUACAUAUAGAUGUGGUGGAACGUGGCUGUGCCUCAGAGCCACCUAAAGAUUUACAUAUCCAAACGACCAGACCAGUCAGUAAGUUCCGAGCUGCAAGAUCCCAAAAAAGAUAAAUAUAGUGAAUUGACUAUUUUACUGUAUAUGUUUUUAAUAAAGAAAUUUUAUGCAGAAAUUAUUUUCAAUAAAACUUCAUUUUUCAUUGUA